AUGUUAAAACAUAUACUUUUCAUUUUAUUAUUUGUGAUUCUAAAUUCUUAUGCCUUGUAUUAUCCAUCUAAUCCUAAUAUCCCAUCAAUGAAUAAAAUAAAAUAUGAUUACCAAUUACCCUUUGACUUAAUUGAUUUGAAAACAAAAACAAAAGAUAAUGAAAUUGUCCAUUUGUAUUAUGGAAUUCAUCCUAAUUCUUCUCAGUUGUUAGUAUUAUUCCAAAGUAAUGCAGGUUGUUUUCUUGAUAGAUUAUUUCUCCUUAAAUCUUUUUACUCUAAAUUCAAUAUAAGUGUAGGAAUAUUGUCAUAUCGUGGAUAUGGAAAUUCAACAGGAAAACCAUCUGAACAAGGAUUUAUUGAAGAUGCACUAGCCUCUCUUUCUCAUUUAAGCAAAGAUGGAAUUCCUAUUCAAAACAUCACCAUUAUAGGAAGAUCCAUUGGAGUUGGUGUUGCAUUAAGUGUUGCUCAAAUACUUCCUAUAAAAAAACUUAUUCUUGAAAAUGGAUUUACUAAUCUUGUUGACUUUCUUCCAAAUUUACAAAACAAUGAAGUUAUGAUUCGUGACCCAUGGUUAAAUGAACAGAAGAUUGAGACAAUUAAUAAGAAAACUUCAAUUUUAUUUUUAUUAUCAGAAGGAGAUGAAAUAGUUCCACCUUGGAUGACCAGAAAAAUGGAAAUGAAAGCACGAAGUAUGGGUAUUCAAACAAAGUUAGUUUCAUUUCCAGGAGCAAGACAUAUGCAACUUCCUUAUUAUGAUAAUUAUUAUCGAGUAAUCAAGGAAUUUUUAAUUGAACAAAAUCAAGGAGACUUUUCAAAAUAA